UAUCAAUAAUCACUGAAUUUAAAUAUAGCACAUUGAGAAAGUCAGUGUAAUCAUAAAGGAUAUAUAACGCUUGAUGAUUAUAACGUUCAAUAUGUAUUUAAAAAGAUUAAAGUGGAUGGUUGUGGGCGGAAAAGAAUUUACAAAAUACGCAGUGCCCCAACAACGUAAACCUGGUUUGGGAAGGGGUUGUUUUCAUCGGAAACUUCGGCGGUAAUUCUUAGAAAAGCUUUCCUUGGAGGUUGCUUUUGAUUUUGUGAAGUCUUACAUGGGCAGGGCGAGGUGAAAGGAGUUCAAUGUCAGGCUGAAAUCGGCGGCAAAACAUUUUACACAACUGAAUCGGGGCCAGGUCUGUAUUGACAUCAACUAAAUGAUUUUCGCAUCAAUCGAUGAGUCAGAAGGCCGCCGUGGUGGAACAGAGAGUGAAUUACAAGAUUAAGAGCAACUAACCCCAAUGGAAUAGUUACCCCGGGAGAUAUAGAAAGAAAAGAUAGACGAGAAUAAAUUUGGAUGCAGUGUAACUCACGUGAGUGUCAGUGCAUGAGACAAAACACACCGAGAAAGAAGAAAUCACAAAAACAAAAUGAGAUACAAUGGUGUUUACGGAGAAAAAGACUGAUGGAGAUAGAGAUUUUUUAAAAAAAAAAUUGAAUGUCAAUUUAACAGUAACAGGUCCGGAGAGAGAAACAACGAAAUAAAAAGUGGCACAGAGAAGGACAAAGACAGAUCGUGACAGAGACAGGGACAAGGAGCGACAGUGUCAAACAGUUACACCGAGAUUAACAGAAAUGGAGAGUAAUACAGAAUAACAGAGACAUUGGCAGGAAACAAGAGGGACAGUGACUUCAGAAAGAGGGAAUAGGAUAUAUAUAUACUGACAGGAACAGAAGGAAACGACGAAAGAGAGACAGGAGAACAAUGACUGAUGCAGGCAGAGUGACAGGGAUAGAGAGAUCUGGUGACACUAGUCGAAUAAGCGGGGGAGGGGAAUGCAGGGACACAGAGAGAGUUGUCCACUUGAGUGACGCAAAAAAGUAGUGACAGGUAAAAGUGACAGAGGCAGAGAUGUAGACAGAUGGAAAGUAACACAAGGGUGACAGAGACAGAGUGACAAGAGCUUAGAGGGAGACAUGGGCACUGAAUUGCGGAUACAUUAAUGCAGUAGGAAUGGCAAGAACAAGCGCAGAGCUCGGAGAGAAAGUAGCAGGAACAGAGAUUUUAAAAAAGGAACCGAGACAGAAAGACAACUAAUGAACGAGAAAGAAAUUGAUGAAUUGAGAGUGCAUGACCUCCCCAACAGACACGCGCACACAAUGGAUUAUAACACCCCCAAACACUAUAUCAAUCAGCGUGAAUCUUUGAAUUUAGACUGUUUUAACUGACUUUCUACAUUCCAUCCCUAUAUUAUGGUAAUAACAUGCCUCCUAUUGGUAACAGCUGGGAGAAAGGCGUGCAUAAAUCACAUACUUUAUCCAAUCUGAAACUCGCCAACACUGAUCCAGAAAGCAGAAAUGUCGUCGAGACUCCUUCUCCACGCCCCCCGAGCUGUCAGUUAGUGCUGCGGCCCUCCCGCAGUGGGAAUCAUUCAUUAGAGUCAGGACUUUGCGGAAUGGAGCUAUAGAUGUCAGAGCCGGUGAGCGACUCCGAGGCCUCUCACCUCUGCAUCUCCAUCGCCCUGGAUUAAGGGCACUUUCUAUUUGUGCGCGGAUCAAUGUCUCCCCCGUCUUCGGCAAGCAGAUGAGGCUUGUUAGCCCGUGAUCGAUUCCUCGAUGGUUUUCUGCUUGAAGGAUGACAACACCCAGAGGAGAAUAAAUCUCCAAAAAAACUUCACUGUUAACCGCCUCAGCGAACUCUGUGACACUGGAGAUCUUUUUAAAAACAACUUCUAACCAAAUCUGUGCAACUUGGUGUGAGAGAGAGUGGCAUAGCGCUUUCUACUCUGGGAUUUUUUUUUCACUCAAGAAGGAUUCUGCUAUCGUCCAUUUUUAGAUCUCUGUUCUUUUGAAAACGGAGUUCUAAUUCUGAACUAUUAUUUUAAAUGUUUGGGAUUCAGGACCACUUACCGAGAGGAGCUGAUAUCAAGGACAAAUCGACUGGGAGUGGAAUGGACGCUGUUCGAUCUUGGGUCCGGACCGUAGGGGUGGUGGCUGCUAAUGUCGCGGCACAGAGCGGCGUGGCUCUGGCUAGAGCGCACUUCGAAAAACAGCCUCCGUCCAAUUUACGAAAGUCCAAUUUUUUCCACUUCGUUCUGGCACUUUAUGACCGACAGGGACAGCCAGUGGAGAUCGAGAGAACCACUUUCACAGACUUCGUAGAGAAAGACUUGGAGCCGGGAAACGACAAAACUAACAAUGGGACACAUUACAAGCUGCAGCUGCUCUACAGUAAUGGUAUGCGGACGGAACAAGACCUGUACGUGCGACUCAUCGAUUCAGUGACCAAGCAGCCAAUUGUCUACGAGGGUCAAAAUAAAAACCCAGAAAUGUGCCGGGUACUUCUCACACAUGAAGUGAUGUGCAGCCGCUGCUGUGAAAAAAAGAGCUGUGGCAACAGAAAUGAAACUCCAUCAGAUCCCGUCAUCAUUGACAGAUUCUUCUUAAAGUUCUUCCUCAAGUGCAAUCAGAAUUGUUUGAAAACAGCCGGAAACCCACGAGACAUGCGCCGAUUCCAGGUUGUUUUAUCAACAACAAUUAACGUUGAUGGUCAUGUGCUGGCUGUGUCUGAUAACAUGUUUGUGCACAACAACUCCAAGCAUGGACGCAGAGCCCGUCGCCUCGACCCCACAGAAGCUACACCGUGCAUCAAAGCCAUUAGCCCAAGUGAAGGUUGGACCACUGGGGGUGCCAUGGUCAUCAUUAUCGGGGACAAUUUUUUCGAUGGAUUGCAAGUUCUAUUUGGCACCAUGCUUGUUUGGAGUGAGCUCAUUACUCCCCACGCCAUUAGAGUACAGACUCCUCCUCGACACAUUCCAGGAGUGGUGGAGGUCACACUUUCCUACAAGUCAAAACAAUUCUGCAAAGGUGCACCUGGAAGAUUCAUUUAUACAGCACUGAAUGAGCCCACAAUAGAUUACGGUUUCCAGAGACUGCAGAAGGUCAUUCCUCGGCACCCCGGUGAUCCAGAAAGACUAGCAAAGGAGAUGUUACUGAAAAGAGCAGCGGAUCUUGUUGAGGCAUUAUACGGAGGACCACCAAAUAAUCAGGAAAUAAUUCUCAAGCGAGCAGCCGAUAUUGCAGAAGCUCUGUACAGUGUGCCUCGGACCCCGAGCCAGCUUCCGACACUUUCUAAUACUCCCAGCCACAGCAGCAUGAUGCGAAUGAACUCCUAUGGUAGUCAACUGGGAGUCAGCAUCUCAGAGUCCACACAGGGCAACAGCCAAGGAUAUAUCCACAACAGCAGCAGCAUCUCUCCACGUGGGUAUGCACCCACCCACUCACCACAACAAUCAAACUACAACACAGUGGGCGGCAACAUCAAUGGAUAUAGCAAUGUGCCAAUGUCAAACCUUGGAGUACCCAGUUCUCCUGGAUUCCUAAACAGCUCUCCUGUCAGCUCACCCUAUGGCAUUAUGCCUUCCAGUCCGACUGUGGCCUCUGCUGUCCCUCUGUCCUCCAGCACAUCUGCCAUACUUCCCUUCUCAUCUUCUGUCUUCCCCGCAGUGAAACAGAAGAGCGCCUUUGCACCGGUGAUCCGACCCCAAGACUCCCCCUCCCCGGCCUGCUCUAAUGGGAAUGGAAAUGGAUUCCGAGCCAUGACUGGGCUCGUAGUUCCUCCGAUGUGAGACUGUUUACUUCUGUCACUAUAUCACAUUCCAGGGAGCAAAGUUCGUCCACUACAAAAAUACCAUCACCAGAAUCCACAGCUGUCAAAAAUAUUAGCAGGCGUUCCCUUGGAAGCCAGGAACAAAGCUGACUUUCUUCAUCGAAUGGACUGAGUGAAUUCCCCAUAGUGUUGUGGAAAACUCAGUUUCACCUGCAUUCAAGGAAUCGCCUCAAACUUAUGGAAGUGAUGGACAAAGUGGUGGGGGGUGAGGGGGAGCAGUGAGAGAAGAGAGAGAGAUCUUAAAAAAAUGCUAUUUUCUAUUUUGGAUAACAGUUUACGUGGCAGUUCUUUUCUGUUAGAAAGUAAAUCUUUGGAUACAAGAACUGGCUGAUUAUCUAGAUACUUAAAUAAAUCAGACAGAAGAUCUUUUUCUAAAAUUCAACUGAAUUUAAAAUAUUAAUAAAUUGCUCAGUAUGUGUGGUAAGAUUAGAAGUUAAUAGUUUAAGAAAUAUUACAGUAAUUUAAAGAGACGGUAUUCUUUAUUGUUAGCUUAUCUGGGCUGCAAUUCAGAAAUUACAAAACUCCCAAUGUAUUGAAUGGUUUUAAGCACCUCUGAGAAUGAAAUGGAACUAUGCAGAUCACAGGAUGGCUCCAGGGUUCGUCCCAUUUGUGGACUGAUCAGGGUCAAGAUCAUACACUGAUUCUGUAAUUGGCUGAAGCAAUUGCUGGGUUAGGGAAAUGUGUCAACCAAUCCAAUCCAAAUAUUUCCUGCCAGAAAGUGCAUGCAUAAGUGUGUUUGUCACACUGUGUAAUGUCUGUAGUGCACUGUGUGUGUGUGGUACAUGAGUGUUGUGGGGCAAUGUGUUUCAUAUAGGUGAGAGGUAUGUUUGUGGUGUGCAUGUGUGAGAUCCAUGUGUGUGGUACGUGUGUUCCUUGUACAGGUGAUGCGCAUGUUGAGUGUGUGGUAUUUUAUAUAGUAAGUGUAGAAUUGGCAUCAUCCUGGCAGACCAUAAGGAAAUUCUCUUGUAAGAGAUAGAUGACUGAUGGGUGUGGUUAACCUGCAGGUCACUAUUCUUCAGGCGAGGGGUGAGGUUGAGAAGGCAGGACCUUCAUGGGAACUUCAGCCAGGAAUUGAACCCAUACAGUUGGCGUCAUUCUGCGUCAGAAACCAACCAACCAGUCAACUGAGCUAUCUGAGUCCCAUGUAUAUGUGCUGUAUGGUCUGUGUGUUUUGUGUGUGUGAUACAUGUGUGAAGAGUUUGGGUAAAGACAAGACUUAGCUGCCAUGUCUUUAUUGAGCAGAUUGUUGACAUUCACUGUCUAUGUUUACACAUUAAUGGCUAUUUUAAUGAGGUGUUGGAGUUUACUGUAUCACAACAACAUUCUUCAGGAGAUACAUGACGAAAAUAGAAGCAGAAAAAUGAGCUGUGCAAAUUCUUUCCACCAAAAUAUUUUUCUUUUUGGAUUUAUUUAAUACCUCCCUUUUUCUCAAACAUACUUAUCCCUUUGUUGUUGUGUUCCUCUGGAAACAGUUCAACAAUUCUAAUUGUGUUGCAGGGAGACUUCAUCCAUCUGUUUCACAUAAGAUGAUGGCACAAUGAAAUAAUGCUUACAAUAGUUUUCAAAUUAUUUCAGUUUCAGUGGGCCGAACAAUGAGAUUGAGGGUCACCUCUCUCUGUUGGCCAGCAAGGAUCCAAAUUAAAAUGCUGCAACAGGUAUGAAUCCACAUCUUCAAACUCAGGACAAGCCAAAUGAAUAGUUAUAGAGGUCACAGAUGAUGAAGUAUGUGAAAGUGAAGUUUAAUAGUAAGUUGGAUUCGAAUUGAGUGUCAGAGUGAUGUUGAGAGCUCCAAACAGCAACAGGAAAAUAGCUGUAAGCAUUUGGUGCUCUCAUGGUUCAAGAUCAAAAAGCAUGCUAUGUUUACCAGUCCUCACCUUAAACAAACGCAAACUUCCAGGCUGAAGUAGGAAAAUUGAAAUUAGGGAUAGCAAACUAUCAAAUUUAAAGAUCCAGGCAUCUUUUUUGCCUAUAAGCAAAUUAAGCUCCAAUCAAGGGAUGGCAAAUAAGAACCCAUUUACUAAAAAGCUUUAAAUAACAAUUAAGAGGUACACAAGUUAUAUUGUUAUGUUCACAAGGACAGCAGUGCAAGUUUAAAUUAGGCCAGAAAAGUCUUUACACUUUCUAAUUAGUUCCUUCUUGCUCAUUUGCACUUUUCUUAUAGAACACAGCAAAGACUAUUACCAAAUGUAUGAGACAAUUUCACCAGUGAGCAUUCUUCCAGACUAUUCUUACACAGCUAGUUGUUUGUUUCACACGAAGAUGUGUGCGAGCAGUGCAAGCUGACAAUAUGUCAGAAAAUUGAUCCAACCUGUUCCCCUCUCUAAAACACAGUACUGAACUACCUCGAUGAGGCAACCAAUACAAGAAACAUUCAAUUAAAGUGCAAAUAUCAGGGAAGGUCAGAGCCUUGGAAUUAGGCUGUAAAACAAUAAUUUGCCGAAAAUCUACUCUGCUGUUUCGUGGAGGUAUUAAUCCUACUGUUUAAUUUCUGGUGAUUUGAAACAGUAAAAUGAAAGGGAGCUGUCUCUCAAAUCAGAAGUCUACCAUUCUCCAUAAAAUAGGCUGGCCAGCCUCAGCCUGCUGAAUAGGUUAACCAAAAUGAGUACUGUCACUUUAAACUGAGAGACUGAGCCUGUAACAUAUUGUAUAAAGGUUAAUUGAUUUGAACAAAAGUGAGAAAAGUUCCUUGCACUUCAACACUGACUUUAUAACUCAAAUCCAUCAAGAAGUUUGAUUUUUUUAACUGGCAUAUUCAAAUCAUCUGUUUGAUUUAAUCUCCUCUCACUGAGCGGUGAGGGAGAAAAACAUGCCAAGGUUGGAAAUCUAAAUGAUCAGAACAUUGCUGAAAAUGCACAGCAACUCAGUCAGCUCUAGAAUGGUCUGCUGCAUAUGGAUAUACAAAGAACACAGUUUGAAAUAUCAGCAUUUUUUUUAACAAGCUACUAUAAUCCUCUCAACUCUCCCGCCUCCCCCCCCCCCAACCUCCCAGUUUAACAUUUUGUUAUUAUUCUAAUCUAUUCUACACUCUUUCUCCAUGCAUGGUUAAAAUUAAGAUUAAUGACAAUAUCUUUUCUCAAUCACGUCUUCACAGAACCUCAAAUCAAAAGUAACACUACACUUGUCAGGGUUCCUUUCCUUUUAGUACUAGCCAAAUUUAAAACCAGAGACUUGGUGUAUCCUGCUCACUGAUUCUUUGAUGGUCGCCCCGAUUAUAGUUCUUGGUUUCUUCAAAAAGCACUGACUAAACUCGCUGUGCAUUUCCAGCAUUUGUGAUUUUUAAAAUUUUGCAUCUAUUCCUAGGCAACACAUCCUCAAUACGAACAACUUUGAUGUGUUUUGUAUGUGGAUUAUAAAUACUGCCUUGCAUUUGUGUUUUUUUUUGCUGGGAGGGGAGGGAAAUCUGUAGCUAAAUAUUAACAUAUCCAUUGUGUUGAAAUUUCAUAAUACAGUAUGAUGCAAAGGUAAAGUUUCUUCCUCAAGAGUUUGAUUUGUAAUAAUUUUGUUGCACCUUUUGGCCUUUUUAUUUGCAUGUUUGAUCCAUGUAAUUUUGGAACAUAAAACCCUUGUAUCCUUUGAUAUUUUGUAAGGCGAUUCAAUAUAUUUUCGUCUGCUGGCUCCAUCUUUCAAUUCAGCGAUGCAGGAGUCUGCUUUGCAAACUAAAUUACUUCUUUAAGGACUUCAUGUAAUUCUUGGGCCUUGAUGAGUUAGGUGAUCUCUCUCAGACAGGAGGGCAGGAAGCAGUAAGAACUCCUGUUCAGGGUUGCAACCAAAAACUCAAAAUGAUCUGUGAAUAUGAUUUGGCUACUGUGCAAGAAGAUAAUGAAUGCCCUUGAUGAGCGAGUGGUCCCCUGACACAUUAUCUUACACCUGAAUAUUGUUCACUUGGAUGAGAUGUUAGAGAGGAGCCAAUGUCCAUCAACACUGCAAGAAGGAAUCAGUGCCUCCAAGAAAGAAAAUAAGGAGGGAAGAACUUGAACAAGAGUGUGACAAAAAAUGUUGAACUUCUUCAAAGAAAAAACUGUUCCAAUUUUGUUUUUUUGUUAUUAUGAUGCCUGUCCUGUUGCCCAUGUAACCAGCAAAACUUUUAAAACCAGAAAAGCAAAUUUUGUUCUUAUGUUUGCAAAACCUUAAAUGAUCAGAAAAAAAUUUUGAAUAAAAAAUGUCACUUUUUGUGUUCAUCAA